CCGGAGCCACGCCCCCGGCCCCCGGGACGGCAGUGCGCGUUCCGGAGCGGCGCGCGCCUCACGCCUUCCCUCCCGAGGCCUCGCGCGCACAGUGCCGCCCACCCCGCGGUUGCCAUCGCCCCUCAGAAAACCAGCGGCGCCAUGUCUUCGCCUCCAGAAGGAAAGCUGGAGACCAAAGCUGGACACCCGCCCGCCGUGAAAGCCGGUGGGAUGCGGAUCGUGCAGAAACACCCACAUACCGGAGAUGGGAAGGAAGAGAAAGACAAGGAUGACCAAGAAUGGGAAAGCACCAGCCCGCCUAAACCAACAGUGUUCAUCUCUGGUGUUAUUGCCCGGGGUGACAAAGACUUCCCCCCAGCGGCUGCACAGGUGGCCCACCAGAAGCCACAUGCCUCCAUGGACAAACACGUUUCUCCAAGAACGCAGCAUAUCCAACAGCCUCGCAAGUGACCGGCGCCCAGACCCGGCACCUCAGCAGCAGCAGCAGCAGCAGCAGCAGCAGCAGUGGCAGCCACACCGCCCCCAGGAUGCUUCCCUGACUAAAACAACCCCCAUACUUUCCACAGAGUUUACUAAAUUUAGAAAUCUAAGACAAAGCAAUGUGGGCCUCAGCUGUCUCAGAUCCCCAUGUUUAAAACUAGAAGAGGCUCAAACCCCAAACUUUGUUUCUAAGUGUCCUAGUCGAGGGUCACUAAAGGGUCAUUGAACCCCCCCCCCCACACACACACACCCCUCCCAGAAGUGCCAUUAGCAGACUGUGGCAAGUCCUAAGUAAAAGGAAGUCCUUCACACUAUAGCAGUCACUUCAAGUCCUUACUCGUGGUCCUGAGAGGAAGAGGCCACUUUGGAGAAAUUUGGUAAGGUUAGGGGAAGAAAAAAAACCAAACAUUGUGGGAUGCUCCGUAACAGCUGUGCCCACGUCUGCGGCCUGUCUGUGGCCGCAGAUCCCUGCCCUUGAGAAAAGCCAAAGGGCUCCUUUAGCCAGAUGUAGAGCCUUCGGAGUGCUGCUCUGAGCGGAGCGUGCUCCUGGCUGUCCCAGGGGCCUGCAGUGGCUCCAGCUGCCGUUCACAGUUGCUCUGGAAAACCAUGGACACCUCCAGCCUUUCUGGGACUACUUACCAGGCCAGUGCCGUGUCGCUAAAGGAGGGGUGGGCUCCCAGAAUUUUAUGAUCAAUUUAGUACCCCAGCAAUAGACUUAACAGGGAGCAGGACACAGCCCCCGAGACUGCUGUCAGUCUCUCCCUUUGUAAUUACUGAAAUGGUGUGAACCAGGGUCACUUUGGAGACCCUGGUUUGGUUGCAGCCCACAACCAAAUCUAGGAAGGGACCUUAGAGUCAGCAACACCAGGUCCCCCUGUGACUUCCCACGUCAUGCUGCAUACAUGUUAAAGCAUCCACAAUCCCUUUUAGUUCAGCAGCCUGGGGGGAGGAGGCUAUCCUGUAUUCCAUGUGCUCUGAGCUAGCUCUGGUGUGUGUCUGGACUCUGGGUCACUGAAGGUGACACGUUUGCCUGAAUGAAUUUCUUAAUCUUCGACGUUGAGAAUAUGUUGAUUAUAAUAAAGCCCCUGCAUUUCUGCCUCA